AUGGCAGAACAAGACUCCAACAUACCCGGCGAGGUAACCCCCAUGAAGGCGAUGACGACCCAUAGGGUGUUCGCGGAACUCGCGGAAGCCAGCAACCGCGAUGCGGUACUCAUUGAGGAAGAGGAGCCUGAACUGACGGCCAAGGAAAUGAGGCAGCUGGUGGCAAAGCAAAACGGCGUCAUCUCCGACAUGCAAAAGCAGAUGAGCCAAGUCAUCGCGCUCAUGAUGAGCAGAGAAGUCGCGGCAGCGCCAGAUGCUGCGCCUGUCGUGCUGCAGCUAACGCAAGGAGAGGCAUCAGGCGCAGCCCCGCCACCACAUCAGGCAGCAGUCGAGUUACCCGCACCUGAAGCCCAACGAUGCGAACCGCCAGGAAGGGCGGACCUCAGCUUCUUGGAGAAGCACCUGUCCCCACAGUUCCGCCCCAACCCGCCUAGGAAAAUCCUACAUCAGCUGUUGUGCGCGGAGAUUAUGGCGGAACACCUAAGCGGGACGCCACCCACCCUCCCGACUUACAAUGGGACGACUGAUCCAGAGGAUCACGUCAGCACCUUCUGCCUGCGGAUGCAACUCCAAACCAACUCUAACGCGACACUAUGCAGGACAUUCCCAUCAACAUUUUCCGGGAUAUGCCUCGACUAG